AUGUCAAUUUACAUUUAUACGAUGAGUACAGAAGAUAGCAGUUUAGCGGAGGAGAGAUCCAGACUGAACUUGAACGGGAGCCGUCAGCUCUCGAAAAGCGCCACGGAGCUCCGGAACAACGACAACAGUUCGCCGUCACGACGCGGUGAACAGAGCGCCGAUUCAGGCGUUGUUCAUCAUCAUCGGCAUCAUCGUCACGCCACAUCGGUGGCUCAGCGCACGCAUACAUUUUUCGCGACCUUGAAGAGUCGCUGGGCUCGUAGCCGGAGCAAGGAACGAAAGAAGUCGAAGGAUGUCGGAAACGUGUUGUCUCAGGGCGUCGAGUCUGACUACGCGGCGGAUUACUCCUCUGAGCAUAGUAAAAGCUCGUCUGCGACGCAGAGCCCCGCCAGACACUGUCUUAAUCAUCCUGAUAGCAGUUUAGCGGAGGAGAGAUCCAGACUGAACUUGAACGGGAGCCGUCAGCUCUCGAAAAGCGCCACGGAGCUCCGGAACAACGACAACAGUUCGCCGUCACGACGCGGUGAACAGAGCGCCGAUUCAGGCGUUGUUCAUCAUCAUCGGCAUCAUCGUCACGCCACAUCGGUGGCUCAGCGCACGCAUACAUUUUUCGCGACCUUGAAGAGUCGCUGGGCUCGUAGCCGGAGCAAGGAACGAAAGAAGUCGAAGGAUGUCGGAAACGUGUUGUCUCAGGGCGUCGAGUCUGACUACGCGGCGGAUUACUCCUCUGAGCAUAGUAAAAGCUCGUCUGCGACGCAGAGCCCCGCCAGACACUGUCUUAAUCAUCCUGAAUCACCGUUGGUACGCGGAGGCAGGCAGACUGUCGUGACGAGGCCGGAAGACAGUCCAGGAAGAUGCAGCGAGGCCCAUUCGAAGGCGUCCUUGAGCUUCCAGCCGUCGAAGGAUUCGAACGACGAAGCUCGAGGAUCGAUCAGCCAGGAUGAUAGCGUGUACCUUCAGGAGGAAGUUGUACGUAGAAGGGAACUGGCGUUGAGGCAACACGCUUUUUUCCAGCUUCGUUUGCACAUCAGAAGAGGGGCGAACCUCGUUGCUAUGGAUAGAUGCGGCGCCAGCGAUCCUUACGUGAAAGUGAAAUCCGCGGGUCGAUUGUUGCACAAGUCGCGGACCGUGCAUCGCGACCUAAAUCCAGUUUGGGACGAGAGCGUGACCCUGCCUAUAGAGGAUCCCUUUCAGCCGCUCACGUUCAAGGUCUUCGACUACGACUGGGGCCUGCAGGAUGACUUUAUGGGCGCAGCUCAGCUGGAUCUCAGGCAAUUGGACCUUGGACAGCCACAGGACAUCGUGUUGGAGUUGAAGGAUCAUAACAGGCCCAAGCAACAUCUGGGAGAGAUCUUUCUUACUAUCACUCUUUGGCCAAGGAACCAGCAGGAGAAAGAACAGGUAUUUACUGUUGUACAGUUUUCCUUUGAUUUAUUGAUGCAAGUGGAGAGAGAAUUCUGUAUGAGGAAGGUGGAAACAAUGAAAUCGAAACAGGAUCAGAAACACGUGGCCAUGGAAACCAGCGAGACUGAUUCUUCGGGGAACAUUGGUAAAAAGCAAUCGUCGAAAAUCGUGGACCCGGAGGUAGUAGCUGUUCCACGAACCGGAAUUACAUUUUUAAGACGCGACAAGGUGAGUGAUAUAACUGAAUCAACGAUCGAAAAUUCGUCCUCGAAAUCAUCCUCGAAAUUCGUCAGACUUGCUCACAACGAAGAAAUCCACGAGAAUAAAUGGAAGAAAUUUUGGGACCAUCAUAGAGACAAAUUCAGGCACAAGUCGGAGGAUGAUAUCUCGACGAAGAGUCGAUCUUUCGAGGAGGUUGCAACAGAGGUGGACGCUUUGUCCCGAAAGGCGAUCAAAAGUAUCCGUUUCGAUCGUUCGGAAAACUCGGAUCGUUUAUCGAGUACAGAGGAGGGUUCACGGGAGAAAGGUAGAAAUAACAGCCCAGAAAUGUCGAUCGAGGCGCCUCCUCGUAGAUCGAAGCUGCUGCUCACUGCCCGUUCGAAGGACAGAAAAUACUUGGAAGCUAUGGCGAACGAUGAAGGUACGUUUAAAAAAAAUCUUGAAGGAGAUAUUCCAACGUUUGUUACAAUUCCCAGAGAGAAUAAGGAGAAAGGAGAGGAGAAUGCUUCGAUUCUAUGCGACGUUUCGGAGAGCAGUUUCUACGUUGGAAUCAGCGACAAAGAGAAGGAUAGAUUGCAUGAGAAGAUUAGAAGCGAUCCGUCGACGAGAAGAUGGAGUUCGCUUGAAAAUCUGCACGGCAAAGUGGAGAAGGUUAAGGAAGUUUCGCCUAGAGGAAGGAUAGAUGGUUUGUCGAUCGAAAGACCGGUUCGUGGUAAAGAGAAAAGGACGAUCGGUUCUCUGAGGUCCUCGCUGGAGAGGAAGAUAGGCUCUGUAGAGAGGAUACUGGAGUAUCAGAUAGAGAAGCUUUGCGAGGAGAACGUAGAGAAGCAUCCAUGGUUGUUGCCUAUUGAAAGUUGGAUCGCUGAGCGUCGUAGGCACAGUGGAACGUAUUCUGUUCUCCAGGACAAGCAGAACGAUGACGGUCGAGAGGCGGAGGAAAGGAAAUUGGUGGAAAAGGAAAGGGCGGAGCCGAGUUUCGACUUCAAAUUUACCGCCGCGGAGAACGACGAGCCGAGGGUGGAGUGCAGGCUGGAACAUUUGAAGAGGCCGGAACGAUUCGAGGGUGUGAAUUUGAUUUCGAAGCUGAAGAGGUCGGAGCAAUCGAGGGCAGAGGAUGAGGAGAGCCUUUUAGAGAUGAAGGACGUGAAGCACCAUGAUCUGUUCGAUAAGCUGAGGGAUAAUGUUAAGGAGAAGAUGGAGGAUAUCCAUAGGUAUUUCCAAAGGACCAAUCGAUUGGCAGACGUAAAUAGACGGCUGAAGUCGCAAAUAUGGAGCUCCGUGGUAACGAUUGUUCUCGUCGAAGCGAAGAAUCUAUUGCCGAUGGAUAUAGACGGUCUCUCCGAUCCCUAUGUCAAGUUUCGUCUUGGAACAGAGAAGUACAAGUCAAAAGUGGUACACAAGACCCUGAACCCAGUAUGGUUGGAGCAGUUCGACCUUCACCUGUACGAGGAUCCGUAUCUGGGCCAGGAACUGGAGGUUACUGUGUGGGAUCGCGACAAAAGCCAUCAGGAUGAUCUAAUGGGAAAGACUGUAAUCAAUCUGGCAGUCCUCGAACGUGAGACGACCCAUCGCCUCUGGCGAGACCUCGAGGAUGGCUCUGGGAACAUUUUCCUAUUGCUAACCAUUAGCGGCACCACCGCGAACGAAACAAUCAGCGAUUUGGCUGCUCAUGAGGAAACGCCUCAUGAACAUAUACAGUUGUAUCAAAGAUAUUCGUUAAUGAACACGUUGCAGAGGGUACGCGACGUUGGCCAUUUAACUGUGAAGGUAUUCAAAGCUCAAGGUCUCGCUGCAGCUGAUUUGGGUGGGAAGAGCGACCCGUUCUGUGUCCUAGAAUUAGUGAACGCUAGAUUGCAGACCCAGACGGAAUAUAAAACACUGGCGCCGAGCUGGCAGAAAAUAUUCACCUUCAACGUGAAGGAUAUCAAUUCGGUGUUAGAAGUGACUGUGUAUGACGAGGACAGGGACCAUAAAGUAGAGUUUCUUGGGAAGGUGGCCAUACCCCUGUUGAAGAUAAGAAACGGCGAGAGACGAUGGUACGCGUUGAAAGACAAGAAGCUGAGGGGUCGAGCGAAAGGCAAUUCACCUCAAAUUCUCCUCGAGUUGAACGUGGUGUGGAACAUGGUCAGAGCGUGUAUUCGAACGUUAAAUCCAAGAGAGAAGAAGUACAUGGAGCCAGAGCUCAAGUUUAAACGACAGGUGUUUCUGCGUAACGUUCUCAGGCUGAAAGCGAUCAUCAUUAUCGUGAUCGACAUUGGAAAAUACGUGCAGAGCUGCUGGGAAUGGGAGAACAAAAUGAGAAGCAUCAUAGCGUUGGUCAUUUUUAUUUUCGGCUGCUACUAUUUUGAGCCCUACAUGUUUCCUGGAGCAGCACUUCUUAUUCUGUUGAAGUAUUAUCUGCUUUAUGGAGAUGGGAGUGGACUCAAUCAAUGGGUUUCCGGACAGGUCGCCGUUCUAACAGGCACGCCCUUGUCCCAUCAUUCAAGUACCCACUUCCACGAUGAGGGUGACGAUGGCCCUGCCACGCCUGGAGACGACGAUGAUGACGAAGAUGAUAAAGAUAAAGAAGAGAAAAAGAGCCUGAAGGAGAAAUUGCAAGCGAUUCAAGAGGUGACCCAGAUCGUUCAGAAUUCAAUCGGCUACAUAGCCAGCCUCUGUGAGAGGGUGAAAAAUCUCUUCAAUUUCACUGUCCCUUAUUUGAGUUACUUAGCGAUGAUCCUGACGAUCCUCGGGGUCGCAGUACUCUAUUUCGUACCCCUAAGAUACCUAAUACUGGUGUGGGGCGUCAAUAAAUUCUUCAGAAAGAUCAUUCGGCCUCACUCGGUUCCAAACAACGAGCUUCUUGAUCUCAUAUCUAGAGUACCCGACGACGAGGAACUUAUUAAUUAUAGGGAGUUGAAACCCUUACCGACUGCUGACUGCGAGAAGGCGAGCACCUCAAGCAGUCCUGGUUCCUCGAAUAUGACGCGCAGGGAGCAGAGGAAGAGGCACAAGGCCGCGUAGCAGCAUGCCCCGCGGCCGGAAGUCGCGGGUCUACGAUCACCGAGCAUCCUGAGGACGGUUCUGCUGCGCCGAAAAACGCGCAAGCGCAAAGGAUCAACGGAGAAUCCGGAUGUGAUCGACAUAGACUGAGAAACGAGUUUCGUUUCCACUCGUAGUUCAUUUUAGCCAGGGAGAUUUUCGUGUUCUCUAGAUUACAAGUUUAUCUGACAGAUUGCGUGGUAUGUCUUCGAAGUCUGAACUAUUUUCUUUUGUCUUCAUAUUAUUGAGAGAAAUAGAUAGGAUAAAUAGAGAAAGAAAAAUAGAGAUCAAUCAGAUGGUCGAGUUCAUUGGGGGAAAAAAGUUGUAAUUAUAAUUCUUGGAAGUGAUUUUCAUGUUUUUAUAGUGUAAUUAUAUUCAUCAUCAACGUCUCCGGGGCAUACCACGCUAAAUUGUUACUAGUUCUUCCGAUUCGAUAGUUCAAGGCAGAAGUCGACGCAGAAUAAUUGUAACGAAGAAAAAGAAAACGUUGUUUUUCAUUUAGAUAGUAUAUCUUGGAACGUAAACAUGUGGUAUAGAUACACGUAAUUGUAUUGAUUGACUCGGCUGAUGGUGUUUGUGAGUCUGUGUAAAUCGUCGACGGGGAAAGUCAAAAUUUAUUUCAUCAUAAAUCGACUGCAUUUGAAAUUCUGUUCCAAUGAUGUAGCAUUUCCUUCCUGGAAACCUCUGUUGUCUCAUAAAUUCUUACGCAACGAGUUUAUAGAAGAGAUAAGCGUAUGUGGAUAACACCAGGAAGACAAAUAAACUGUAAUAUACCACGUUUGACUUCCCCGUUCGAGAGUAAAAAGAAAGACGCGAAUAGACGAAAACUUUUUUGAAAGUAUCCCGUUCGAACGGGAGAACCGCGUUUCGAGCAUAUCAAAAAGCCAUAAGCGAGGAACGUGCGUUCACGCGUAGCGGUGCAUUUAGCUAACAAUUAUCGACGGAGAAGAGAUACCAUAGUUAUUUAAAGAAGCAAAGGGAGAAAAAGAGAUAAACGCGAGAAUAAUUCCCGCCUACGGGUAUAUCCUCGUCGAUCCGUUUCGUCCAUCGGUGUCGUAGAUGUAGCUGCUACAGAAUCGUUAACGAAGGAUUGGGAGAUGUUAAGAAAAGAAUUUAACAUAAGAAAACCAAAUGAAAAAUGUAAAAAAAAAAGAAAUGAAA